AUCAACUCAAGUCCCAACACCUCAACACUCCAGCCCUCACUUAAUCAACCGCCAACCAGCCAACCAGCCAACCAACCAAGCCACAAUGAAGUUCGCUCUCGCCCUCGCUACUCUUGCCCUCGUCGCCGCCAACCCGGUGCCCUCUUCGCCCAUCCAGCAGCGCGACAACGGCCUCACCUACAAUGAGGACGGCGUCGCCCAGUUCCCUCACGCCACGCCCGGCGCCUGCAACCCCGCCGACGGCAACUGCUGCCCUUCGGGCAAGGCCGUGUGCGCCGCUGACUGGACUUGCUGGCAGGCGGUUGGCGCCGACCACUGCUGCCCCCCCGGCCAGGUCUGCACUGAGGACGUCAUGCAUCCCAUUGCCAACGACGACGUCGACACCCAGCUCAAGCCGUGCGUCAGCGUUACUCGCUGCGUCUGGAAGUUGUGCACGAGCCUCCGUGUUUGCUGGUAGAGAAUUGAAGCUAUGUGGCGCAUGGAGAAGAGCAAUGCAGAUGCUGAACGUGACGAGAUGUAGGGCAGUGGAGCAACUAAUGAGCCGUUCUUUCGGUCACCAAAAUGUGUCCUCAGCCACCGC